CCCACUCUCCUCACUGUCCCUCUCCCUUUCUCUCUCCCUCUCUCAGUUGUGCUCGGUCUGAAGACCAGAAGCUCCAACACGCCUGCUUGCGUUUUCUCCCCGCACACCCAUGUCCUCGGAGGUCAAGUCGCGAUGGAGUGGCUCGGGUUCCCAGAACAGCGGUUCGGCCCGCAUAGCGACUAUGCUGGAGAUGUCUGAGAAUACGGCCAGCGCGCAGUACGAGCCGGUUCCGCUACCCUUACAGAGAAGCAACAGUCCGGAGGGAGGCACCGACAAUAACCCACCGAUCCGAGCCGCCGACGGCCAGCCGGAGGUGAUCAUUGACCCUGACAUUCCCCCUAAAGCUCUGCCCUUGCCUGCCCAGAUGUCAUCUUACAGCGGCCGCAAACCCCUCUUCUCCAAAGUCAACAUUCAAGGGAGAACUUAUAACUUCUUAGAACGGCCAACCGGCUGGAAAUGUUUUAUCUACCACUUCACAGUAUUUCUUAUCGUUUUGGUUUGCCUCAUCUUCAGUGUCAUGUCGACAAUUGAGCAGUACCAUUACUUUGCCAAUAGAGCUCUUGUUUGGAUGGAGAUUGUAUUAGUGGUGUUCUUUGGAACAGAAUACAUCGUCCGACUGUGGUCAGCAGGCUGUCGCAGCAAAUACGUUGGAUUUUGGGGAAGGCUGCGCUUUGCCAGAAAACCGAUCUCAAUCAUUGAUCUCAUAGUAGUCGUGGCUUCAAUUAUUGUCCUCUGUGUGGGAUCAAAUGGACAAGUCUUUGCAACAUCAGCCAUCAGGGGCAUUCGUUUCCUGCAAAUCCUUCGAAUGCUACAUGUCGAUCGGCAGGGAGGCACCUGGAGACUUUUGGGAUCAGUUGUCUUUAUCCAUCGACAGGAGCUGAUUACCACCCUUUACAUCGGGUUCCUGGGCCUGAUUUUUUCCUCCUACUUUGUGUAUCUGGCUGAAAAAGAUGCUGUGGAUGACAGUGGCUCCCAACAGUUUGGUAGUUAUGCAGACGCCCUAUGGUGGGGUGUGGUGACGGUCACAACGAUUGGAUAUGGGGACAAAGUUCCCCAGACCUGGAUCGGCAGGACAAUUGCUUCGUGUUUCUCCGUGUUUGCAAUUUCAUUUUUUGCACUUCCUGCAGGGAUUCUGGGUUCGGGGUUUGCUCUCAAGGUUCAACAGAAACAACGGCAGAAGCAUUUUAAUCGUCAGAUUCCUGCAGCUGCUUCUCUCAUUCAGACAUCAUGGAGAUGCCACGCAGCAGAAAACUAUGAAUCUGCAACAUGGAAAAUAUAUGUCCGACAGCCUGUCAGUGCAUAUGCUCCAUCUCCAAGUCCAAAGUCAAAGAAAUUACCGGGCAAAAGAAAGAAGCCCAAGAUUGAUAAAGACAACGGACUGAACUCCGAGAAAUCAUUGAAUGUGCCUAACAUCACAUAUGACUAUGUCGCUGACAAGGAUGACCGAAAAUCUGAAAACUCAAACAUCGAUGGAUGUGAUUCAUCAGUGAAGAAAUCCCUGGGGAUGCUUGAUGUGAACAGUGGAGCCUUGUCGAGAGCAAACAGCUAUGCCGAUGAUCUUGAUCUCAUCGAGGGAGAGCCGGUACUGGCUCCUGUCACACACGUUUCUCAAAAACAACACAAAAAAAGAUGAGUUAUUGAAGUCAGCUGGAAUGGACACCCAGGGCUACAGCCAGAAUAAAGCAGAAGUGUGCGGUGGCUGAUCUGAGCUGAGACCACCCAACCUCUUUAUGCUAAACUCUUUGCCCUUUGUUCGCCAAGCUGAAAAUGUGCGUCUCAU